UUCACACCUCCACCCCCUUUGUGUGCGUGUUGUCUGCGGGCUGUGACUGUGACUGACCCGGGCUGAGCCACCGCUGUCCGCCGCGCAUGGCUCCAGAUCCGCUGGGAACUUCUCCGUAGAGCCGCGCGGGUCUGGUUCGUUGUGGAGGAGGAGGCUGCUGGAUUAUCUCACACACACACACACACACACACACACGCGCGCGCUGCACACCACAUUGCCCACAAAAGCCCACCGGACAGCGCCGCCCUCCCGGAGCCCGGGCCUGGCUGCGGGUCGUGGUUUUACGCAUCGUCCCUCUGCGCUCCUUCACUUCGCGCCGUCAAUGUUGGAGGAGGAACCGGGCCACAGCAGGAGUCAACGCGCCUCCGACUAGAGGGAAGAUGUGGCUGACGGCGGCGCUUCUGCUGGGAACUUUGUGUGCAGGGCUGAGCCGCGGCGAGGCCGACACCAGCCAGUGUCUGUACUACAACAUCAACUUUGAGAUGGAGAAGACCAAUCAGAGCGGAGUGGAGCGCUGCGACGGCGAGAAGGACAAACGCUCACACUGCUACGCCUCCUGGAGGAACAACUCCGGCUCCGUGGAGCUGGUGAAGAAGGGCUGCUGGCUGGACGACUUCAACUGCUACGACCGGCAGGAGUGUGUGGCGACGGAGGAAAGUCCUCAGGUUUUCUUCUGCUGCUGCGAAGGAAACUUCUGCAACGAAAAGUUCACACACCUGCCGGACGCCAGCGGACCACUGAUCAAAGCCCCGCCCCCCAGCGUGGGUGUGUUGAACCUGAUGAUUUACUGCCUGCUGCCCGUCACCAUGCUGUGUGUCGCUCUGCUCGCCGCCGUCUGGAUGUACCGACACCGGAAACCUCCGUACGGACACGUGGACAUCAUCGAGGACCCCGGGCCCCCCCCUGCCUCCCCCCUGCUGGGCCUGAAGCCUCUGCAGUUGCUGGAGGUGAAAGCCAGGGGGCGCUUCGGCUGCGUGUGGAAGGGACAGAUGAUGAACGAACACGUGGCCGUAAAGAUCUUCCCUGCUCAGAAUAAGGAGUCGUGGCAGAACGAGACAGACGUGUUCACUACACCAGGUAUGAAGCAUGAAAACCUGCUGAGGUUCAUCGCUGCAGAGAGACGAGGGAGUCACCUGGAGGCGGAGCUAUGGCUCAUCACCGAGUUCCAUGAGAGGGGCUCGCUGUCGGACUUCCUGAAGGGAAACGUGGUCAGCUGGACCGAGCUGUGUCACGUGGCCGAGACGAUGGCGUGCGGCCUGGCGUACCUGCACGAGGACGUCCCGCGCCACAGAGGGGAGGGGCCCAAGCCGGCUAUCGCCCACAGGGAUUUUAAGAGUAAGAACAUCAUGUUACGUUCGGAUCUUACUGCAAUCAUCGGUGACUUCGGUCUCGCCGUCCUCUUUGAGCCGGGGACACCACCUGGAGAGACACACGGGCAGGUAGGGACCCGGCGUUACAUGGCUCCAGAGGUUCUAGAAGGAGCCAUCAACUUCCAGCGAGACGCCUUCCUUCGGAUCGACAUGUACGCUGUGGGUCUGGUGCUGUGGGAGCUGGUGUCGCGCUGCACGGCUGCCGAUGGUCCGGUGGACGAGUACAUGCUGCCGUUCGAGGAGGAGGUGGGUCAACACCCGACCCUGGACGACCUGCAGGAGGUCGUCGUCCACAAGAAGCUGAGGCCGGUUUUCAAAGACCUCUGGCUCAAACACAGCGGCCUGGCCCAGGUCUGUGAGACGGUGGACGAGUGUUGGGACCACGAUGCCGAGGCUCGCCUGUCGGCCGGCUGCGUGGAGGAGAGGAUCUCUCAGGUCCGCCGCCUCGUCGCCUCCAUGGCGCCGCCUACCUCCGACCACCGGGCCCUUCUGGUCUCCACGGGCCCUCCUGUUCCCAUGGUGACCAAUGUGGACCUGCCGCCCAAAGAGUCCAGUACAUGAGGAGAAACCUAAAGAACUUUUUAUUUUUUUAAUUUUCCUCUGACUACGACACACACACACUUUACUCAGUGGAUUUUUACGACCCUCACCGGAGACGCGGAGACGAAGCAGCUGCUAUUUUAUCUUUGGAUUAUGUUUUUUGAACUCCAGGUUUUUUUCUUCAUCCUUUUGGACAAGAACCGUGUGUGUGUGUGUGUGAGAAACGCCAGGUUCAGGUCCCGACUCAGUGAAUGCUCUUUUAUCUCCAGGUACCUCAGCGACGACUCUUCUUGAUUUUGCGCUUGUCCUCGUACAUUCCUACAUUCCUCUCUCUGCCGUCUCCUAGUAACCGCGUCACCUAGCAACCAGCUACCGUCAACCGACUGUUGAGACGUUUUUUCUUUUUUUUACUACAAUGCUGCAAAACCCUCGUAGGAACUCGAUGACUGUUAAUGGUUCAGUUCUUCUCUGUCACUCUGACUCUUUCUGUUCUCUGACUCACACACGACAAACCUUCGGUCCAUCGGGUCGCAUCACAGAACCACAGGAAACAGGAAGUGAGGUCUCUGUCUUCUUCUUGUGUUGUUAUAAUUUGAGAUUGAGAUAGCUCUGACGGGAUUGGUUGUCAGGAAGCAAAUGUCUUGCAUGCAGAGAUUUGAUUGGCUGACUGACGCUCAACCACAGCAUUCUGGUUGGCUCGGAAAAAAAAACUUCUCAGGUAACCAGGUCAACGGAGGGGCGGGGCCAACAGCAGGCGUGGCUGAUGAAAGACUUUGGUGGGAGGGUUUUAUCUGAGGGUGCUCAAAGCCGAUUGACUGUUUGCAAGAUGCCGAAACAACAAUGUGCACGACCUCUGACCUUUGACCUCCGCCCUCCUCGUCCUCUUCUCAUGGUCUCAACACUUCACGAGUGCCAAGGGGGUCAAAGGUCAUCCGUCCAGUGGAGAAACCAGGAAGUAUGUUGUUUUAAAGAUGUUUAAUUAUCAUGAACCAGUGAAUGUCAACGAUGCUGCUGACGACGACGAAGAUGACGAUCGCGACUGAAACUCAAAGAUCAAUAUAUUUCUCUGUUUUACUUUUUUAUUGUCCAUUUACCUUCGGUGCGUCAAACACACAACUCUCUCUGUGUGUGAGGUCAGCGAGGCGUUCGAGGCCGUCGUGCGACAGAACCACAAACUCAUGAACCACAGAAUCACCUCAACACACCAGAAAUACCUCAGACUUUUCUACUCGUUACCGUGACGACUCGGAGUCACUUGAUAUUUUAUUCUUUGUUUUAAGUUGAUGUUUUGAUCAUAGUGAAUGUUUUUUUAUCUCAGAAAUGAUUUUCACCAGAAACAAAUGAAACUACGUCACAAAACCUCCUGGACUGAGACGACGCCAUCGCCUUCCCCUUGUCUCCUCCCCUUGUCUCCUCCCCUUGUCUCCUCCACUGUCUCCUCCACUGUCUCCUCCACUGUCUCCUCCACUGUCUCCUCCACUUGUCUCCUCCACUU